CUCAGUGUGCUGCUUAGCGCUCGCGUUGAGGCAACACAUUUCACACGCCGCAGCUUUUGUGGGAAAAAGAAAAAAGCAAGAGAGAGAGAGCGAGAAAGAGAGAGGGAGAGAGAGAGAGAGAGGCAGGAAGGGGAAAAAAAGAAAAAAAUACCGAGAAGGACAUGUCCCGCCUGUGCGACACGGCGUGACGAAGCUGUCGUGCUGUCAGUGCGGUCGUGAUGUGGGCCAAACAUCGGAUGCCGCAUACACGCACCAAACAUACACACACACACACCAGCCUUGGAUGCUGUGGCGGAAAAUAGAGCGAGAGAGACAGCAAGUGAUAAAAGCGUGUGACCGAGGCAAAGUUGAUAGAUAGAGAGGGAAUGCGUAAGGAGCUGUCAAACGGAGCGAAAGAGAGAGUGAGAGAGUGAGAGUGUGAUAGAGAGAGAGAGAGAGAGCGUAAUGUGGGGUGGUGCCGCACUCUUGAACGUUUCGCAGUCAAUUGCGAGAGAAAGCUCUCCUGCAGGCAGGCCUUGGCAGCAGCAGUAGCAGCAGCAAUCGCAGUAGGCAGCAGUGGCAGCAGAAGUAGAACCAUUAGCACAAUUGAUGGCAUGGACAAUAGCACCGGGAGCCGUGUGUUUUGCCCAUCGGCUCGUAGUAUUCGGCCGUCGGUGGCGUUGAGCUGAUCAGCCCUCCUCGUAGCAGAAUGAACUGAAGCGGAGGCAAACAAUAGCGGCACCAGCGGCAACCACAGCGUAGCCCUGCAGGAUCGGCCAGAGUGGCAGUGCGGCACGUGAACGAGCAGUGCUGGAAAGAGGGGUGGCGAAAACCGCAACCCGAAAGAGAAAAGAAAAAAAAAAGCUGCGAUUAGCUGCCCUUCCCCGGGGCGCGAACAGGACCGUUGGGUGGCGUUCCGAGAACGUCACCGAAGGACGAAGAAGAAAGGAAGAAAACGAAAAUAAAAGGAAGUGACAAGUGUGUUUGUGUGUGUGUGCGUGUGAGGUUCGGCGUGCCCAGCCCUAACGUCGUUCUAGUGUGUGCGAGAGUGAAGCGUUCGCAUUUGAAAGCGUGUGGUGCAAUCCUUCAGAUCCUGCAGGUCGCCUUCGUUGAUCGUCUGGCUGCGUGGUGUUAGAAGGAUUUGAUCGGAAGGGCUGAUCGUGCCAACGAGAGACGACGCGUGCUGGGAUGGCACCUCAAGCGGGAUCGCCAAUAGAUUCGUGACGUCGGCGGUGACAACGCGCAACCGAAGGAUCGUCCAGGACCGUCUGGCAUGAUCGGAGUGGCCUGGCACGCAGCCACAGGGUGGCAACGUGCGUUCGGCGGCUCGGUGAACGGUGGGUGGCAAACCGUGUGACGCUCGUCCGGGUGAACUGUAUCCGGAUCUGGCCAGGGAACGUGGCGCAAGUAGAAACCGAAACCCGGCCCGGAAGUGAAUAAUCGCGCGGGCAGUGAUCGAGUCCGGGAUCCAAGUACGAUCGCCGGUGGCGCGUUUGGUGGACGUGAAAGGCCGAGCCUUUGGGGUGUGGGAGUGUGCGCGCGUGAAUAAGCAAACCGUGAAGCGGAGCCGCCGACGGUGAGUGGAAAGUGGAAGGACCUUCGGGUGCCGGGGAGAGGACCUUACCGGAAGUCAUCCGUCUACGGGAGGACGAGAGUUGCAAGGACUCAGCGUGAAGGACGCAAACGAUGGGGUUUCUGGACACGAUCAUUUUCUAGGCGUUGCUGUAUGAACGAUUUGAAACGGACGAUAUGGGCACAGCAUGGCCUCAGCAGUAUCAUUCAUCGAGAGGACAUGCCCGUUCCAACACGCUAGCACACAGCCCGCGCACCGCGACCACCGCUGCCGCAGCACGCACAACCGCAGCCGCUCCAAGCUGGACCGCAUCGCCAGUGGGGAGUUCAACGAGCGACGAAAAGCGCGGGUGCCCCGCCGGACAUGGCGCCCUCGGGCCCGCACGCUCCGCAAUCCGGCCCCGCCGCUGCGGCACCGCUGGAAACGGAGCGUCCGUCCGCCUGCCGAUCGCCACCGGGCCGGCCCCGGGCUCCGUCGGUUGCCUUUCCUCGUCACCCGUCUAUCGAAGCCGUCUUUUUCGAGCCACUUUGCUGCCGCCAUCGCCGCCACCACCACCGUCGCCAACGCCACCGUCGCCGCUGCCACUGCUGCUCCUGGCGCUGGAGCGUGGGUGGCGGGAGGUUGGGGGCCAGCGCCCGGACACGCAGUUAACACGGGCCCCGUUCGGCCCCGGGAUAGUCGCGAGCGCACGCCCGAGGGUGGCCCCUUCACUACGUGUAAACAAUUUAACCAUGAAUGCUUCCAAUCAAAGAACACUGAAGACCUACGUACGUUUGAUAAGAGUAAUAAUUUUGAUAACGAAUACCAUAAUCAUAAGACUAGCGAAUCCGGUAGUAGUGCGGCGCGCUCGGAGCGGCCGCUGUUUGUACGAAUUUUGCUGGCCAGCCUUCUGUCCCUGGCGUCGCCCUCGUCGUGGGGUGUCCCGGCUUCGCAGCCUGGUGCCCCACCCGCGACCCAGCGCACCCUUGCACCCGGUCCGACCGGUGUCGUGCCCUUUCAGCCACCGUCACGUCCUGGCGAAGUGGCUGGCCGAUCCCGUGCUCCGUGGAAUCUUUGCGAAGCUGAACCAUCCGAGUCGGCUGGUGAAGGGCUUCGCUGCACGCGGAAAACGGGUCGGCGGUGGAGGCGGCGACGGUUGCAGCGUGUCCUUGCCGAAACGGACGUUGCGGACGAUGGUGAUGGUGGUGGUGGUGGCGGUGGCGGUGGCAGAGGCAGUGGCGCUUCACCUGACGAUGGUGCACUCGAAGCGGGCACCGCGGCUCAGAAGCGACACCACGACAACGAAGGACGGUCGCGGCCGGAAGUGCCCCGCGAAACGGCCCGGCCGACCGGAACCGGCUACAGGCGGAAGUGUUACGGCGCUCGCUCGGCGCUGCGAAUGGUUCUGCCAGCUUUGCUCAUUGUUAACAUGUUCACGUUUCUUCAUGGAGGACCUGUGCCCCUAAUGCAAACCAUCGAGGGUGAACAGUUGAAUGGGAAAACCGGCAGCCGACAAGCGUCGGAAAGUGCGGAGAAAAAUAGCUAA